GUGGCAGCACCGCGGCGCGUGAGUGACUGAUAUACACACAGCGUUUGACGUCGAGGAAGAAGAAGCGCACAGCUGAGCAGUAAUUAGUCGUUUUUAGUUUACAUUUUAGUCAAUUAAAGAAAGCAAUGUCGGAAAGAAAAGUUUUGAAUAAAUACUAUCCUCCGGAUUUUGAUCCGUCUAAAAUCCCUAAACUCAAACUGCCCAAAGACCGUCAGUAUGUGGUCAGACUGAUGGCACCAUUUAAUAUGAGGUGUAAAACGUGUGGAGAGUACAUUUACAAAGGGAAGAAGUUCAAUGCCCGUAAGGAGACCGUUCAGAACGAACUGUACCUGGGGCUUCCCAUUUUCAGAUUCUACAUUAAAUGCACCAGAUGCUUGGCUGAGAUCACUUUCAAGACAGAUCCAGAGAGCACAGAUUACGCAAUGGAACAUGGUGCAACAAGAAAUUUUCAGGCUGAGAAACUGAUUGAAGAGGAGGAGAAAAAGGUCCAACAAGAGCGAGAGGAAGAGGAACUCAAUAACCCCAUGAAGGUCCUGGAGAACCGCACACGGGACUCAAAGUUGGAGAUGGAGGUGCUGGAGAACCUGCAGGAGCUGAAGGAGCUGAACCAGAGGCAGGCGCAGGUGGACUUUGAGGGCAUGCUGGACCAGUAUAAAGAGAUGGAGCGGAGACAGAGAGAAAGAGAUCAGGAGGAAGAUGAACGAGAGACCAAAGAGAUGUUGGAGAGAGCUCUGGUCAAACGACUGAGGGACUCGGACUCUGAAGAAGAGACAGAAGAUGCAAAAGACCAAAGCAGGAAACACACGGCUGAUAAACCCACAGACAUCCUCACCACAGACAGGGACACAGGACCACAGGGAUCAUCAUCUGUGGGCGUUAAGAAACAGAAGGUGGAGAGCUGGGAGAGGAGUGUCGGAGGUCUGGGUGGGAAGGGAGCUCUGGGGUCUCUGGUGGUGAGGAAGAAACCAGCCGAUUCUGCCUGUAAACCUGCUGCCGUUGCACCACGACAGGCUGCUGACACACAAACAGAUCAUUCAGGUGCAGGUGCUGCCAAACCUGAGUCCUCCAAAGCUUCCAAUGGACAGCCAGUCGCAUCUCAGUACGGUUCUUCUCUCAGCCUCUUGGGGGCAUAUACAGACAGCGAUGACAGCAACUCUGAUUAGGAUGGAGAGAAUGCGGUGGCAUUUUGGCUGACUGAAACAAAUGUUUGUUUUCAGACCAGCAAAACUUGACCACCAUUCUUUUCACAGACCGCUUUAAGUUUCCUUAACCUGGACUCUUUCAAAGUGCAGUUCAAGAGAUUUUUAUUUUUUGGUGAUUAACUUUUUAGCUGGAGGAGCAUUGUUUAUGAGAAGCUGUUUCCAUUGCCUGGAUUUCAAUCGGUCUGUUAGAUCUGCAUCAUCCCGCUGUCUCUAAUGUACUCUAUAAUGUGCUUCUAAUGUAUUAUGCACUCUAUAAUGUAGUAUUUGUUUCUCCAUGUUAGCUCAUGGAAAUGCAUUUGAGGGUUUCAGUGGAGAUAACUAAGUGAAUCUGAAUCUAAUUUCCACUGAUCAUCUCUAAUCCCAUAUCAGCUCAUUUCAUCUUCCCAAACAUCAAACAAAUAAAACGUUCCUCGUGUUUUGUU